AAGGACAAUCCAAGUGUGACAAUUGAAGCCACCCACCCAACCAAGAAGACGUCCAAUCGACUACGAGACAACCAUGCCUGUCCCCUUCGAAACCUUCCUUCCAUAUGCCAUCGUCUUCACGAUGUUUGGCGUCACUGGCGCCGGACUAUCGAAUAUCAAAUACUAUGCAAAUGGAAAAAAGAGGGCCAGGCGAUCGCUGGACCAGUGGGACAGACAAAUGAUGGACCGCGACCGAAGACUCACUGGUGAAAUACGAGGACAAUCGGACACGCCGAUAGCGCCGCCGGGCUACGAGUUGAACAACCCUUGGAGGGUGGAGAAGCGAGUCUGCUAGACAUCUUGCUGCAUGAAAUCUCAACGGAGACGAGGCUAGGGUGAAGGUGCGAUUGAUGUACGCACUUGAAAAGGUUCGAGGAGAUUGGUCACGGUGUCACGGUGUCGCAGAAAGAAGGGCUAUUUGGGGCCAGAGAGGCAUCUCUUUUUUGUUUUAUCCACUUCAGCAACUCAAAUACCAUCAACAGU